AUGUGCAAGUGUGCCCAAGUGUUCUUGCAUGUAUGUGAGUGCAAGCGCAAGUGUGCCCAAGUGUGCGGGAGCGUGCGCAAGCGUGCCCAAGUGUUCUUGCAUGUAUGUGAGUGCAAGUGCAAGCGUGCCCAAGCGUUCUUGCGUGUAUCGCUGCGUGCGUGCACGGCAGCAGCCGCGCGCCGAGCGAGCGCGCGGGUGCCAGCCUGGGUGCCCGCAGGCUGCCGCUCGGGGGUGGUGGAAGUGGAGCGCAGCGUGACGGCGGUGCUGGGCCAGGACGUGGUGCUGCCGUGCCGGUACCGGGCGCAGGAGCAGGAGCAGGUGGUGCAGGUGACCUGGCUGAAGCGGGGCCCGGCGGGGCGCAGCGCCGAGGUGGCCGUGCUCAACCGGCAGCACGGGGAGCACGUGCAGGAGCCCUACGCCGGGCGGGUGCUGCGGCGGGCGGAUGGGGCGCUGGAGGACGGCGCCAUCGUCCUGAGGAACGCCGUGCAGGGGGACGAGGGUGACUACGAGUGUCACCUCAUCACCUUCCCCCUGGGCAGCUUCGAGGGGCGACUCACCCUCAAGGUGCUGGUGCCGCCGCUGCCCAUCCUGAACCCGGGGCCACCGCUGGAGGAGGGUCAGGGCCGGACGCUGGCGGCCUCGUGCACGGCGGAGGGCAGCCCGGUGCCCUCAGUACGCUGGGAGACGGAGGUGCGUGGCACCAACGCCACGCGCCGCUCGGCGCACGCCCGCUCCGCUUCCGUCACCAGCGAGUUUUUCCUGGUGCCCGGGCGCAGCAUGAAUGGCAAGAGCCUGACCUGCGUGGUGGCCCACCCUGGCCUGCGCCACGAGAAGAGGAUCACCCACCUCCUCAGCGUCGCCUACCUGUCAGAUGCCUCGGUGCUGGGGCACACAGAGGAGUGGCAGGAGGGCAUGGAGGGGGCCACUCUGACCUGCCUGGGGGAUGGCAACCCACCCCCCACGUACAACUGGACACGGCUGAACGCCCCGCUGCCCGCCGGCGUGCGGGUGAAGGGGGACACCCUCGUCUUCCAGCGGCCCCUCGCCGCCGACGAUGCCGGGGACUAUAUCUGCCGUGUCUCCAACCGUGUGGCCGCCAAGGAGGCGCGGGCCAACGUCAGCAUCAAGGGCAGGGUGGCAGACAACGAGGUGCGCAAGGUGGACCUGGUCUCGGCUUCUGUGGUGGUGGUGGGCGUCAUCGCCGCCGUCCUGCUCUGCGUCCUCGUCGUUGUCGUCGUCGUCAUGACCCUCUAUCACAAGCGCAAGACCAAGCGUAUCUCCGAGAAGUACGAGGAGGAGCUGACGCUCACCCGGGAGAACUCCAUCCGCCGCCUGCACUCCAGCCACAGCACCGACACACGCACACAGCUGGAGGAGACGCUGCAGCUGCGUGCAGAGAGCCGGCAGGGCAGCCUGCGUGGGGACAGCCUGCGCGGGGACAGCCUGCGCGGCACCAGCAUCUGCUCCGCCAUGAGCGAAGAGCCCGAAGGUCGCAGCUACUCGACGCUCUCGACGGUGCGGGAGAUCGAGACGCAGACAGAGGUGCCGGCAGCGCCGCUGCUGCCCGCCCCGGCGGGGAAGGAGCCGAAGGAGGAGGAGGAGGAUGGUGGCAGCGGGGGGGACGACCCCAUCAAGCAGGCCAUGACCCACUUCGUGCAGGAAAAUGGGAUGCUGCAGGCCAAGCCCACCACCAACGGCAUCUACAUCAAUGGCCGCGGGCACCUGGUGUGAGCUGGGCAGGGCCGGGGGGGACACCCAAGGGACCCCCAUCCCCCCUACGGCUCCCCUGGCUCUGCCUGCCCACCAGGCUGGCUCUGGUCCCCGGGUGUCACCCUGCUGCUGGCACGGGGUCAGGGACAUGCACCGUACCCCAGAACAGGGCUCCGGUCCCCAUGUGUCGCCUCACUGCUGGUAUGGGGUUGGGGACA